AUGCAGCUGGUUCAUGACCAUGAAGUUGCAGGGGUUGGGGCCUUCCUAUAUAAGGCAGCACAGCAUGCGGCAGAUACCCUUGGUCUCGAUUUUCGCACUGAUCGGGAGGAGGAGCAUGAGCCUAAUCAGCUCAGGGCUAGAAUAAAGACUGCUGAGUCCAGACUCCUGUUGCAGCAACAUAAGGACAAGUCCUUGCAUGGUGUUUUCUACAGGCAUGUUGAGGAGCAAGGCUUGUCCAAGCCACUGACUUUUGCUUUUCUGAAGUCAGCAGCCCUGAAAUCUGAGACUGAGGGUUUCAUACUGGCAUGUCAAGAUGGUGUCAUCAACACAUUGUCAUACCGCAGCAGAGUAAUGCACAUGGAUGUUCCUGAUAUCAGUUGCAGGGUGUGUCAUAGAGCACCAGAGACGAUCAUGCACAUCCUGUCUUCUUGUUCUGUGCAUGCAACUGCAGGCUACAUCCAUCGACAUAAUGCUGCUCUGCGAGUUCUCUAUUACCAUCUUAGACACUCAUAUGGUAUCGACAAAACACCAGUGCUGCCUUAUGCCCCAGGGGAGAUUGAAUCUGUUGUGGGGAAUGAGAGGUGCCGAAUUUAUUGGAAUUACUCAUUCUCUACCACCAGGCUUUUAAGAGCCACAAAGCCUGAUGUUGUCCUCCUUGACAUCACUUCGAAGACAAUGUAUGUCAUUGAGUUUUCAGCACCAGCUGAGGGUAACAUUGUCACCAAAGAGGAGGAAAAACAGACGAAAUAUCAUGACCUACUAAUGGAGCUGCGCAGGCUAAACCCAGGCUACUCUGUGAGAAUGGUGGUGUUGAUUGUAGGUGUACUGGGAGGCAUGAGACCUUCAUUUUUGGCCAACCUUAGAACGAUUCCAGCCUGUGAGAGACCUGCUGCUGUGCUUGCAGUUCAGAUGCAGAAGGCUGUCAUUCUUGGAUCAUUACGUCUACUCAGAGCAAACGAUUUAAUGGUAACGGAGCCAGUAUGA